GUCAUUUCAUUCGAGCGUUCGAUCUACAUAGACGCAAAUCAUGGCUCUCGUGAAGAAAGACGUUGUCAUUGGCGAAGAAACAUUUUACCUUGAUAAAAUUCCCGAUGCCAAAACUGCUCUGGUUCGACAAGCCAAAGAUGCACUUCUUGGCGCUGUAGACUUGAAAGGCCUUGUCACCGAUCUCUCCAAACUUGGAAGCUUCAUUCGUGUCGCGUAUAAUGGAGUCGCGGGCCACACGGAACUGCAGAUCAAAGUCCAACGCGUUGGUUAUAAGAUAACUAAACUAGCAGACAAGUCCGCUGUAACCGUUCACAGUUUUAAAACCACAUCGAGGGAUGUUCUGCAAGAGCUACAAGGGACCUAUGAGUAUCUCUUGGAUGGCUUGGAGGAUAUGGCGCUCGCGACUCUCUCAGGUUUAGCCGCAUUGGCUGAGAAGAUGGCAAAGGCAUCUGAAGAGCUGCACAAGGACUUUGAAGCAGCAACAAGUGAUGUGCAAGGCGCUCUGGAGGACACUCAAACUGCUAAAGGUACAGAAGAAAAAAGAAAAAAGGAAUUGGAAAAACAACGAGAGGAAUUCAAAAUGAAGUUGGAGAAAGCCCAAAACCUGAAAAAGGAAGCCAACGAGGCUGAGGAAAAGGCCCAGAAGUUUUUCGACGAAGCUCAAAAGCGCGAGGAUAAAGCCUAUGAAGACCAAGGUAGCAUCCUAAAAGCUUUUACUAAUACAGUCUCAAAAGUUAUCAGUGCUGGUGUAUCGGCAGCUUCUUUAAACCCUAAAAAUGUGCUUGAAAACAUUUCCGAGAUUGGGGACAAAACUGUAUACAAAGAAGCUAUGGAUAAAGCCCGUGAGGAGAAAAUGAAACAUUUAGAGACUAUGAAGGAGCAACAAAAAAUGAGACGAGAAGCGAAUCAGCAGUGCAUCGAGUUUGCAGAGCGGAUCAAGAACUGCCGAAGUGACGAUGAACUUGCACAAGUCGCCAUUGAUGCCCUGCAUAACUCGGUGGGAGCCUUGAAAUCUCUCUCUGUAAUCAUGAUGAAUGCAGCUCAGUUUUGGAAGCAAAUGCAGACCCACUGCGAAGCUCUUGCAGGAGAAGAAGUUCAAAAACAGAUUGAAACAGCGGUCGAGAAAUGUGAUGAGGCGAGACGAAUGAAAAUCUGGACAUCUUCUGCUUUCAAGAAAAAAGCCAUCAAUUACUACGCUAAGUGGGUAGCUUUGGACGAGGUUUGUGGCAAUUACAUGCAGCAGAUAAAAGACACACGUGGAGAUCUCUACAAAUACCUCGAAGAGAACCCAACGAUCGAGCAAUCCCGCCGAAACGUGCGUGACCUGGCCAUCACAUUUAUGAAAGAUUUGCAGAAAGCACAGAAUGACCUAGAGAAAAAAGACCUUCAGACAGCUCAAGAGAUCAAGGAGCUCAAGGAAUAAAAAAGCGCAUAUUUGAGGACUCUUUUCAUUUCAUUCUUUUCUCAUUGCUUAUGAUUAUUUUAUAAAGUCUUUAUCGGGAUUUAGGUUAGGUAGGAUAAUGUAAAUGGAAACAUAACAAACAUGAAUCAAAGAGAGAACGACCUUUCAGCACUGAAACGACUUUUAAAUUUAAUUUUCUUUUUUAAAAUCUUGUAAAGUGUCCGGCUGUCCGGCAUUUCAAUUUCAUGUACUAGGUAUAUUACAUGUAGUAGUAAACACAUUUGAAGUUGUCAAAUAAAAAAAUCAUUUUGUUUCA